AUGUCAUCAACCAUGAGAAGAAAUGCAAGAUCAAUGGGAGAGGCAUAUAAUGGGAUUGUUCGACGAAUGGUAAAUCUCCCUCGAAGCUUGCUAGGAGGAUUUUCUCGAGCAAUGGGGCAAGGAAUAGACCUCGUCACACAAGGACGACGAAGAAACUACUAUCAAUCGCCAAAUUUCCCGUCCCAAAAUCCGCAUUAUCCCAGAGCAGAUCCAUUAGGCUUCCCUCCAGAGGGGCCUCCUACGGUUCAAGAAGAAUGGGCUUUUCUAGCUAACUUCGAGCAGCAGUAUGGUACACUGCACCCCUUUUUCUACGCCUGUCGAUUCGUGGAAGCACUAAAAAUAGCUGCUGAUGAGCAUAAAUUCUUGUUCAUGUACAUACAUUCACCAGAACAUCCAUUUACACCCCCUUUUUGUAGGGAGACUUUGUGUUCUGAGGUGGUUGUACAAUUUCUUGAUGCAAAUUUUGUUUCUUGGGGUGGACUUUCCAAUGGAGGGGAGGGUUUACAAAUGGCUACAACUUUAAGGGUUUCUGGCUUUCCAUUUUGUGCAGUGGUGGCUCCGGCUUCUGGUGAUAGUUUAGCUGUGCUGCAACAGAUGGAAGGUCCAGUCUCCCCUGCUGAAUUGGUGGAAAUACUACAAAGGACAAUAGAAGAGCAAGGAUUGGCUUUUGGGAGUGCUAGAGGUAAGGAGGAAGAAAAGAAAAACGCCGAUCGUCGAUUGAGGGAAGAACAGGAUGCUGCCUAUCUUGCAGCAUUGAAUAUAGAUCAGGAGAAAGAAAGACUUAGAAGUUCAAGUUCAGGAAAUAAAGUUUCAAAACAUGUGGACUCUUCAAGUAAACCAAACCAAGAGAAACCCAAACAAAAAAUCAUGGAGAAACAACAUAGUAAAGUGAAAGAAGGCAAUGCAAGUGGAGGAAAGAAGGCUGAAGUAACACAGAUAUUAAUACGAUUUCCAAAUGGGGAGAGGAGGGAGAACAGUUUCUCGUCGACAGAUAAGAUCCAAGAAAUUUAUCGAUAUGUCGAUUCAUUAGGCCUUCCCGGAGUUGGAAAUUACAGGUUGAUAUCAAACUUUCCUAGAAAGGUUUAUGGUGUUGAUCAAAUAGGAAUGACUCUCAAAGAUGCAGGCCUCCAUCCUAAAGCAAGCCUCUUUCUAGAGCUUCUUUAG